AUGCGUGUCUGGUUCACUUUAUUAGCGAUUUUCGGGUUCUUCUUGAUCACUGAAGCUGUGAAGAAAAGGGCCAUCUCGGGGCUAGCUGAUGAUGGAAUCAGGGCAAAACGAACUCCUUACGGAUAUGGAGGCGGCUAUGGCUAUGGCGGGGGCUUUGGCUAUGGCGGGGGCUUUGGCUAUGGCGGGGGCUUCGGUGGUUUCGGAGAUUAUGGAAAA